AUGGGUAAUUCGCAUGCAAAAAUCAUCAAAUUCAGGUAUAAAUCCGCCAAGAAGGUACAAAACAGUAGGGAAACUUCAAAGAAUGGAGGUGCAAUCCGAACACAAUUUGGACACAAUCGAACCACAAUAUUAAUUGAAGUCUCAAUUACAGUUCAAUUGGGGCACAAUUUCCACAAAAUCUUGCCUAGGACCCACUGUUCACCACAAUAG